GUCAUGGCAGCAGGUGACCCUUAUAUGAGGAGCCAAGCUUCAUCAGUAGAUAAUGUUUCAAUAAUCAAACAACUUAUUCAUUCAAGUAGUUUGGAGGGGAUUUGGUAUUUUGAUAGUGGGGGGGAAAGUAGCCCGGCACGGCUAACCGCAGCGUGACAGCGGCGAGGUCCAAUAGAAAUUGAGUGUACUUUGGUCCCGCUUACGCAUCGUUUAUCAUUGGCUGCUGAUGGCUGCACUGGCGUGUCGCUUCCGCGUUUAGGCUUUGGCGAAUGGCUACCACCUCACGUCAAUCACCACUUGUUGCUAGGGAGAUUGUUUGACGCUAAAAACGUCGAUUCCGGUGACGCCUGUCACUUUUAUUUUUUCGAGCGAAAACAAAGUUAAAUUAACACGCUUACGGUUAAAUCGCCCCAUACAAGUGGUAUGCUUUUUUUUCUAAACGUGAUACUUUAAUGCACGUUACGCGGGCUCACAAUCCAAGGCGGCUAAGUGGUAGCCACCAGUAAGAAGAGGAGACGGGGGAGGGAGGGACCUCGCCUGCUUCGGCCAGCUUUCACCUUCAGCAGCACCGCAAGAAGUUGUUGUCCCGUCAAGGGUGGGGUGGGUGAUGCUCAAACCGCUCCUCUGUUUAGUUUAAGAGGAAAGAAUGACGGCGACAUCGUCGGGAGUUGUCUGCGGCGUUGCGAGCGAGUGAAUGCUGCCGAUCGGUUAAACGUGCAAAUGCAGCCGAGCUUUGAAAUGUCUGCUGCUGCUGCUGCUUCGGAGAUCAGUGGAGCAUUUACGGUUGUUUCUCUCGCCAGGAAGAUGACAACCAUAUGAAGAAGGAAAGUGGACUCUCUCAAGUGGAAAAAAAAAAAAAUUCCCCCCCCCCCCCCGAACUGAAAGCGUUUUCCCCUGGAGUCUCCCCGGCUAAUUUUUAAGCUCUUUAAGUCCUCUUAUACUUGUCGGUUCAAGGCCCCGUUUUUUUGUUUAUUUUUUUAUUUUAUUUUUUUACUUUCACCUUUUUGUUCCUUUUGCAAAGAAAUGCUUUACCUGAAAAAGUACUUCACAGAGGGCCUGAUUCAGUUCACCAUCCUUCUGAGUCUGAUCGGGGUGCAGGUGGACGUGGACACCUACCUGACCAGCCAGCUGCCCCCCCUGAGGGAGAUCAUCCUGGGCCCCAGCUCAGCCUACACACCCGCUCAGUUCCACAACCUCCGCAACACGCUGGACGGCUAUGGCAUUCACCCCAAGAGCGUGGACUUGGACCAGUUCUUCGCCACCCGCCGCUUGCUGAAUCGGGUGCGCCAGCUGGAUCGCCUCUUUGUGCCCAGCCCUGAGCUCGACACCUGGCUGGUGCACCGUGACGCUGAGAGCGGUCAGGCGGGCGGCGGCACCAUUGCCCUGGACAAUGGGGGCGGCCUCGAGGACGUGAACGACCUCGACGCUGCCCCGGCCAUGAGGGGGACGGGAGGAGGCGAAGGGAGUCCGCCCGAGACCAACUACAACCUCAACGUAGCCGACAGCACCCUGGGGGCGGUGGCGUCCGACGCCGACCAGCGGCAGGACGACAAUGAUGACCUGAGCAAAGAGGACAUCGACCUGAUUGACAUCCUGUGGCGGCAAGACAUCGACCUGGGCGCAGGCAGGGAGGUGUUUAACUACAGCAGCCGGCAGAAGGACGCCGAGGAGGACAAGCUUUGCCCAGCCCAGGAGAACAAGGACACCAAUGAGGAUCUGCAGCAAGAAAGCUGGAGGAACGGCGUCAACCUACAGACGCUUCGCUCUGUGGACAUCGAGACAGGGGAGAGCAUUCCGCAGCAGCAGCCUGCCGAAGGCUCACAGACCUCCCUGUCUCUGCAGGAGUGCCUGAGGCUGCUGGAGGCCACGUUCCCCUUCGGAGAAGAUCCACAGUUCCCUGCCCCGGCUGUGGCGCCCGAAGUGGCAGCCCACGGUGCAGAAGCUCCGUCCACGUCACAGGGGCUGGCGCCUCAGCUGGACCUGGAGCAACAAUGGCAGGACAUCAUGGCUGUCAUGGAGCUGCAAGCCAUGGAUAUGAACAACAGUGACGCAGGCUGUGGGGUUGACAUUAGCAGGAUGUUGGCAUCAGACUUCGGACUGGUCCCGCCCGUAGCGCCAAUCCACCAGGAUGUGAGCCUCCACCAGGCUUCGUUGGCCAGUUGUAGCCAGGAGUUCCCUCCGGUUUUCUCCUCUCAUCUGGACUCAGCCAGCGUUGUGCGAUCAUCCUCCAGCAACUCCAGCCACGUCAAUGCCACCUUUGGGACCACCAAUCUCACUGGACUCUUUCUGCCCCCCCUUCUAAACACGACCGGUGCUAAUGUCACCGCCAUGCCCAUCCCAGUGGACCCGUUCGGGGGGCUUCUGGAGGAAUCCAUGCUGGACGAGAUCAGCCUCCUGGACCUGGCCAUGGAGGAGGGCUUCAGUCAUGCCCAGGCCUCACAGCUGCGGGACGAGCUGGACUCAGACUCAGGCCUAUCCCUGGACUCAAGCCGUAGUCCGGCGUCCCCCAGCAGCUCGGAGACGUCCUCCUCAUCAUCCUCAUCCACCUCUGCCACCUUCUCAGAGGAGGGCGCCGUUGGCUACAGCACCGCCACGUCCGACUCAGAAGAAGGAGCUGUGGGCGGAUACCAGCCGGAAUACAGCAAGCUGUGCCGCAUGAGCUUCCAGGAUAACUUCCACGGCCUCCCUCAGCUAGGAGGAAUCAACCACAACCACACCUACAACCUACCGCUUGGAUCCCCCUUUACAGAGCACCCAGAGAUCCCCAAGAAGCAGAACCCCAAGAACUCCAAACUUCCUCCUCCGUCAUCAGACCUCCUGGACAAGCACUCCAGCAGGGACGAGCGGCGAGCCCGCGCCAUGAAGAUCCCGUUCUCCAACGAGAAGAUCGUCAACCUCCCCGUGGAGGAGUUCAACGAGCUCCUGGCCAAACACCAGCUGAGCGAGGCUCAGUUGGCACUGGUCCGAGACAUUCGCCGACGUGGCAAGAACAAAAUGGCGGCGCAGAACUGCCGUAAACGCAAGCUGGACACCAUCAUCAACCUGGAGGAAGGCGUACACCAGCUAAGGCGCGACAAAGCCAGGCUACUCAAGGAGAAGAUGGAGUUCCUCCGCUCCAUCCGUCAAAUGAAGCAGAAAAUGCAGAGUCUGUGCCAGGAGGUUUUCGCUCAGGUCCGAGAUGAGCAUGGCCGGCCCUACCCGCCCAGUCGGUACUCUCUCCAGUACGCUGCAGAUGGGAGCGUCCUGGUGGUACCGCGCACAGAGCAGAACCGGCCCAGGCCAGACAAGAAGCCUAAGGACAAGAAGAAGUGAGGGGAAAAAAAAAAAAUCAAUAAAUCUUGUACGGGACUUUCUGCACACGCGAAGGAGGCCAGGCCCACCAACCUGCCCACGCUUGACUUCCCGUGUUUGUUUGGCCCUUUCUUCAUUCUUCUCGUUAUUUUCCCCCUCGCUUGACCACUCAUCUUUUCGGAUUUUUGCGGCGGGACAAGGGAACGCAAAGACUUUUUUUUGGAAGAAAUUGCUUUGUGGAGGCCAUUUGGAGGAGAGGGAAGGAAGAUGUGAAGGUUUGGGGUCCACUUUGACCGUGCACCCAGAGCUCCCCAAGAACCAGGAACCCAAGAACUCCAAACUUGCACUUCCUUCACCUGAGCUCCAGGACAAGGACAAGUGCCAGGAACAGAGCUGAGCCAUGAAGAUAUGCUUCUCCAAUGACAAUGUCAUCUCGAUCCAAGGACGUGGUCAUCAAGUUCCCACGACAAGAUCGGCAACCCUCUUGUGGAGGAAUCCAUCAAAAUUUGUCCAGGAGCCCAAGAGCGUCUGUUCCCAAUUUUUUCCUCCGCUUUCUCCUCGCUUUGCCGCAAGUCUUUCCAGACUUCAGAGGCAGGGAACGCUGAAGGAUUUUCAAGAUUUUUGUCGACGAACAAAUUGCAAUCAGCGAUGGAGAUUGUGAAGGUUUGCAAUCCACUUUCAGCAAGAACCCAGAGCUCCCCCCGCCCCCAAGAAGCAUAACUGUAAGCCUCCUCCUGAACCGGACCUCCUGGACAAGCGCCUUCUCCGACCACAAGAUCAUCAAUCUCCCCCUUUAGGAAUUCACUGACCUUCAGGCCAAGAGCUUCUGGUCCAUUUUUUUUUUUUUUUUUUUGGUUCCCUAGCGCUUUGCUUGACUACUUGUCUUUCCAGACUUCCGCAGUGGGAAAAAGGAAAGCAAAGACUUUUUUUUUUAAAAGAGGUUGGUGAGGAAGUAGCGCUGCCUUGCAACCUUGUAACCACUUGUUAUUCUUCCAGAUUCCCUUCCAAAUGUAUCGUCUUCAAAAGGCUCGGCUUGACGCGCUGCACUUUCAUUAACUCGUCAGAGUCCAGGGGUUCUCAAACUUUUGGGAUCCAGGGACCCCUUACACUGUAUUUCUACCCCCCCCCCCCCCCCAGAAGGCAUAAUCCUACUACCAAAUGUACGUUUCAACCCAAAUAGUUCAGUUAAUGCAAGGGUGUCAAACCCAAGGCCCGGGAACCACAUCCAGCACGCCACAUCAUUUUUGCGGCCCGCCAAAGCAGAUCAUGGCAAGAUGUUUCUUCUUAAAUGGAUUUGUUUCAAAGUAUUUGAUACGCAAAACAUGCAAAAAAACGAGAACUAGCUAGAACUUAGUUGUGGACUUAAACUCACUAAGUUCUUGUAAAACCUGUGCCGCAAAACAAGUCAACAUUCCCCUACACCUUGAAAUUGCAUCUUCCCUUCAGAUAGUCCACUGACGUAGCACCUUUGGAGGCCCUCGUUGUCAGCUACGAGUGUGCACACGUGGCCCAGGACCGAAAUGAAUUUGACACACCCGACUCUACAUCAAUUGUCGCUAGCUGAUCUGCAACGCUUACUCAAAACAAAAUGGCUGCAAGGGAAGCUUUUUAUAAAGCAGGUUUGCUACUUGCCAACCUAAUAAAUGUUCCAAUAUCUAUAAGUUUUUCCACAAUCAGAAGUUUGUAAUUGGCCCAAACUUAGGUUCCGGAGGAGUAAUUGACUAUUGGAUGUAGGUAUUUUUUUUUUUAAUUAAUUUGAAACCCUAAAGUUACAUCUUUGCCUUGAGGGGGGGGGGUCCAUGGACCUCAAGUUGGGAACCACUAUAGUCUACGGAAGUCAGCAUCACUUUCAAUGUAUGCAUCCCCCCCGGUUUUUAAAUGUAAUCAGUACGAGGGCAGCACUGGAAUGUUUUUUUUGUUUUUGUUUUAUUUUGAAAUAAGGAACCUCUUGCAUCUGUCUCAAAUCUUAGGGACUGUUCUUAGGAUGAGUGUGAACAUUGUGUGUGUGUGUGGGUUGGUGGUUAAACUACUGUAGAGUUUGGAAUGGUGUGUCGUGACGGGAAAGCGCACCUGUUUUGCUCUCGUCGUCGGGGGCGGAACCAAAAAGAUGUCAUCUGUGCCGUUUGCGGUCCUGGAAGAGAAACUAAAGCACGGUGGGGGCGGGGGCAACGUCCGAAGAGUACGGAGCCCCAGACAUUACAAAUUAAGAUAUAACAUGCCAUCAAAAUGCUAAUUUGUGGCCACGAAAUACAAAUUUUGCGGGUUUAAAUAUCGGUCCAAUGAACAAUUCGGACAGCUGGCUUAGGUACGCGGGGUUCUUUACCAAUUACGUAGUUCAGCUCGUAAAACUCAAAAACACCUGAUUUCGGGCCUCUCGGCAGAAAAAUGUCUGGAACUCAGGAAUGCAUGGAUGAUUUUUAAUUCAUAUUUCACAUUUACUGGAGGCACCACAGACAGAAUUGCAUCUCAAACACUCUAAGGUUGGUUUGGCAAAAUACGGGCCCUUUCGUAUUGUGUAUUUCGGUCGCCCACAAAAUUUCUAGCAAGUUAUAAUUUUUUUCACUGGCCACAAAUUUGUAUUUUGUGAUCCCAAAUUAGAGUUUUGAGGCCACAAUUUAGUAUUUUUAUGGCCAAAACAGUACAUUUUGUACGUACGUUAUGUCUAUAUUGUCGCCACAAUAAAGGUUUUUUUGUUUGUUAAUGAUGGGGCCUCGUAGAAGAAAAUUCCCCUCCAGGUCCCCAACCCUCGCAUCCUGCUAAAACUUAAGCACUUUUUUUGUCUGUUCUGUAAAUAUUUACGUGUCAAUCUCUGCGACACCUUUUGAUUUAGAUCUAGGUCUACCGUGUUUGCUGGCAAUCAACAUUUGUUUUUAUGGAUUAAUAAUAAUAAAGUGGUUUUAUUUCCA